AUGGCAGAGUCAGAAGUUGGGGACAUGUAUAUCACAAUAGAUGAUAUAAUUCCUAAAAGUCCCGAAAGGCUGGCUGAAGAAAAAAAAGAGAGUGGAAAUCAUUACUACAAGGUACAAAAUUAUAAGGAUGCAUUGACCAAGUAUGAAGAAGCAAUUAAGUUAUGCCCAGAAAAUGCAGCAUAUUAUGGCAACAGAGCUGCAUGUUACAUGAUGCUUGCAAUGUAUAAGAAAGCUCUUGAAGACUCACAGAAAGCUGUUGCUCUUGAUCCCACAUACACCAAAGGUUACAUACGGAUGGCAAAAUGUUACAUUGCACUGGGUGAUAUGUCUGGAGCUGAACAAGCAAUUAAAAAUGCUAGUGAACUUGGCGGUGAAGACUGUACUGCCAAUGAACGCAGUGCACUGGCUUCAUUGCGACGGCUGCACGAUGAUGCCCAACGGGCCAUGGACGCACAAGACUACCGACGUGUUGUCUUCUGCAUGGAUCGAUGCCUUGAAUACAGUCCCUCAUGUUCAAAAACAAAACUUACAAAAGCUGAAUGUUUGGCUAUGCUUGGGCGAUGUCAAGAAUCACAAGAGAUAGCUAACGAUUGCUUACGAUUCGAUAGUUUCGAUACUGAAGCACUUUAUGUGAGAGGAUUGUGUCUUUAUUUUGAGGAUAAGGAUGAGCAAGCUUUUAAGCAUUUCCAACAAGUGUUACGACUUGCACCAGAUCAUAAGAAAGCCAUUGCAGCAUACAAAAAGGCUAAAUUGUUGAAACAAAAGAAAGAAGAAGGUAACGAAGCAUUCAAAAUGGGCAGAUGGCAGGAAGCUUUAACUCUUUACAACGAAGCAUUAACUAUUGAUAAAACGAAUAAGAAGGUUAACGCUAAACUAUACUUUAACAAAGCGACCGUGUGCUCAAAGUUAAAUCAAACUAAACAGGCUGCAGAGGCCUGUACAUCAGCUCUAGAACUCGAUGACAGUUAUGUGAAAGCAUUACUAAGACGCGCCAAAUGUUACACUGAACUCGGAGAGUACGAGGACGCUGUCAAAGAUUAUGAAAGACUUUACAAAAUUGACAAAAGUAAAGAGAACAAGCAAAUGCUACAUGAGGCCAAAUUAAUUCUUAAGAAAUCGAAACGCAAGGACUACUAUAAAAUUCUUGGAAUUGACAAAACUGCAUCCGAUGAUGACAUCAAAAAGGCCUAUAGGAAGCGGGCCUUGGUGCACCAUCCGGACCGACACGCGGACGCAACGGACGUAGAACGCCGCGAGCAAGAGCGCCGCUUCAAGGAAGUGGGCGAGGCGUACGGCGUGCUCAGUGACCCCAAGAAACGCGUGCGCUACGACCGUGGGCAAGACCUGGACGAAGACGGCUUUGGCAUGUCCGAUAUGGAUCCGAACAUGGCAUUCCAGACACACUUCAACCGUGGCGCCCAACAUUUUGACUUCAGUGCUGGAAAUGCAUUCCAAGGAUCUGCAUUCAGCUUCCAGUUUGGAUAAAAAAAAUGUAUAAAUAAAAAUCUGAUUACAAAACGAAAAUUAUGAAUCUUUAAAAAAAGAAAUACGUCUCUAAAUUUGUCAUUCCAUAUUUAUUAAAAAUAAGAUUGUAAACGUCAAAUUGCUUAAUUUAUAGGAAAUAUCACCUGACCGCUAAAAAUACCAAAAUAAACCAAAAAUAAACGUAGAUUUUUUUCA